UGGACAUUGGGUUGCCACUUGCUUGGGGAGCCCUAAACCAUCACCCGGUUUCUCGUUUUGUUGGCAGCGCAGCUCGGGAGGCGACGGCAGACUGCGCGUGACCCCCUCUCCUUGAUUUGCAAGUAAAACAAUGGCAUUGGGCAUGAUGAAGCCAAUGAAACCUGGCUUGGAAGAGCCACAAGAGCAAGUUCAUAGAAUCAGGAUUACUCUUUCUUCAAAAAGUGUAAAAAACCUUGAGAAAGUUUGUGCUGAUCUGGUCCGUGGUGCUAAGGACAAGCAGUUGAAGGUGAAAGGACCAGUAAGAAUGCCCACAAAGGUGUUGCAUAUAACUACUAGGAAGUCUCCAUGUGGUGAAGGUACAAACACUUGGGAUCGUUUUGAGCUGAGAGUUCACAAAAGGGUGAUUGACCUUGUAAGCUCAUCUGAGGUUGUAAAGCAGAUCACAUCAAUUACAAUUGAACCUGGUGUGGAGGUUGAAGUAACAAUAGCAGAUGUUUGAGCUAGUGGGAUCUCAUUUUUUUCUGUUCUUAGACUUUAAAUUUAGCGAGGAUUAUAUUAAAGAAUUUUGGAGGGAGCAAUUUGGGUUUCAAUCUUUUUUGUUCUUUUGGUAGUGCUCUGACCUGCCCGUUGGAACAGUGUGAGGUAGGAAAUUAGAAAUAGUGGAUGUUGUCCAGUUUUUUCCGUUUCCGAAGUUACUCUUUUCGUUAUGAUUUUUGAUCAGUUGAAUCAAUUUUUAAAUCUACGGUUACUCCA